UGUUAUGGCAAAUGAGAUAACAUUGAAAAAAGCAAUGUUAGGAAAAAUAAGAAAAACCGGACAUUUUGUCAAACUAGAAUUUACAACAUUAAGGUAUUCUGAGUACGGAGAAAUACAUGUUCGUGAUCGCCAACCUUCAAGGGGAUUACCAGAAGGGGAUGAUCAAGAGAGAAAAGUAAGUUCUGCCUACUUUUCAUGUAACCUCUCGACUCAAUUGUAUGUUUUCUCCCUUCUCUUUCUUUUAUUCAUAAAAUUUGAUUCGUGUCAUUAUCGUUAAUUAGGAAGCUGGAAACCACAAUCCGUAUUGCAUCAGCAGGACUUAACAUGAGAAUUUGAACGUCGCAG